GUAUAUAAACCGCCAGUGGCGGAUAUACCCCUCAGAACAUCUUUGGCUGCCAAAACUACCCCUUAUUACAACCUUAUCCCUUUUUUGCCCAAGAAUCAACAACAACCAUAAUAUAAAAUACAAUCUUGGUUUUUAAGAGAGAGAGAGAGAGAGAGAGAGAGAGGAAGUAGCAUAGGAUGGAUGGGUUACAGGGUUUAGGCCUUCCUAUUCUAGGAAUAGUGGCAGCUGCUGCUGUUACAUUCUAUGUCGUAAGCUUUUCUGAACUCAGAGAGAAAUCUUUCCAAGACUUGGAAGAUUCACAAGCUGAUAAUGGAAGAUUCAAGCCAUCACCAACCUCAAGAGAAAAACGUGCCAGAAGAAAAGCCCAGAAAGAAUCCAAAUUCUGACUAUAUAUAUUUCUCCUCACCAGUACUCUUUUCUCUCACUAUCUUAUCUGCCUAAGCAUAUCACUUCUGCUUUUUAUAUAUACAUAUAUAUGAAUUGCUUGUAGAAUGUUUAUUUCAUUUCUUAAAGGGAAAAAGAAAAAAGUGAAAAUUGUUGACUAUGUCUUGGCAUUCAAUGAUGAUCUCUAUAAUUUUAAGAUAACCCUUUAAACUA